AUUUUAGGUUAGUUUCUAUAUAAUAUAAAUCUAAGACUUUUAUAGAUAAUAUAAAAGUUAGAUAAUGCCUAAAUUAUUUGAUAAAAUAUCUUAUCUAUGGAUCUGUUUCCGUCACUUGACUACUUCCGUUGUUUACGAUCAUAGUGUACUUUUCAUCAGUCGGCGUAAUGUAAUACGUGCACCGAUUGCCAAAGCGGUCUUUACAAAGAUCUUAAAAGACCAGUCACUGAUGGAUAUGUGGCAAGUGGACAGCGCGGCAAUUGACGUUUGGCAGCUAGGAAAUGAGAUCGACGAGCGAGCCAUGGAAGUGUUAAGAUUACAUAACUACGAAAUAGAUGAUCACAAAGCGAGGCAAAUCAGCAAUAAAGAUUUCUUCCAAUACGAGUAUAUGCUUGUCAUGGAUGAAGGAGAGCUCUUCGAUCUGUCAAAACUGGCACCAGUCAAUUCAAAAACUAUCAGGCAGCUACUCGGAACGUUUGAUCCUUCAGGGGACAUAUACAUUGAUGAUCCUUAUUUCACAAAAGGUAUGAAACCAAUAAUUCAAACUCUGCUACACUGUCAGCGAAGUUGUGAAAACUUUUUGCGACAACUUCAGUUAAAAAGUAAAAAAUAACGUGUGACAAUAUUUGCACAUGCAUUUUUCAGCUUAUGUUCAUACUACUUGAAUUCAUACAAGAGUAGUUCUAGUCAAAAUAAUAUAAUUGAUGCGACGUACUUGCUGUGAGAAAAUAAAGAUAUGGAAGUUGCAUGAUAC